CAUGUGAUGUGGGCUGUCGGUGACGUCCGAGUCGGGGCGGGUGACGUCAGUGUAGUCCACUUCCUGCUUCUCUUCCCUGGUUUCUGCCGAACAGCUGCAUCAGCCCUUUAUCCGACGAAGAGACACAAUGUCACAUCAAACGGGCAUUCAAGCGGGCAACGAUGUGAAGGAUGUCUUCGCCAGUGCCCGGAACGGCGACCAAUAUCGAGUCUUAAAGAUUGUCAUCGAUGGUGAGCAGCUGACGAUGGACACUACCAGGAAGGCAUCCAAGAAGUGGGACGCUGAGUACGACUCCCUCGUGCUGCCCCUCCUGCAGGACGACAUGCCGUGCUACAUUCUGUACCGCCUGGACUCCUCCAACAACCAGGGCCAUGAGUGGAUCUUCCUGGCCUGGUCACCGGACGUCUCCACUGUGCGACAUAAAAUGUUAUAUGCUGCUACCAGAGCCACGGUGAAGAAAGAGUUUGGCGGGGGGCACAUUAAGGACGAGAUUUUCGGUACCUCAAAGGAUGAAAUGACUCUCGUGGGAUACAGGAAAUAUCUGACCUCGCAGGCUGCUCCCCUGCCUCUCACUGCAGCAGAGGAGGAACUGAGAAAGAUGAAGCUAAGCGAGGUGCAGACGGACAUCAGCGUGGACACCAAGCAGCAGACUCUGCAGGGAGUGGCCUUCCCCGUUCACAAAGACGCAAUCGCAGCACUGGAACGCUUUAGGGACAAAAGAAUCAAUUACGUUCAACUGGAAGUAGACGCUCAACACGAGCUGAUUCGGCUGUGCAACACUGAGCCAACAGAGGUGAAAGACCUGCCAUUGAGAAUCCCUAAAGAAUCUGCACGUUACCACUUCUUCCUCUACAAACACUCCCACGAAGGCGACUACUUGCAGUCCACAGUAUUCAUUUAUUCUAUGCCCGGGUACAACUGUAGCAUCCGAGAGAGGAUGCUGUACUCCAGCUGCAAAAAUCCCUUGGUCGACAUGGUGGAGAAUACUCUCCAGAUUGAGAUUGAGAAAAAGUUGGAGAUCGACGACGGCGAUGAGCUGACCAGCGACUUCCUGUACGAGGAGGUGCAUCCCAAGCAGCACGCCCACAAGCAGGCCUUCGCCAAGCCCAAAGGCCCCGGGAAGAGGGGGGGCCGCCGCAUCACCCAACCGCCGGCGGAGGAAGAUUAAACGGACCCCGAGUGCAGACUCCACCCCUGGCACGUUCCAUAGUGGAGCAUUCCUGCGAUUUGGGGUGG